GAUGUUUCUAUCUCUCCCGCUCCCUUCCUCUCUGAAAUCAAUAGAAAUAAAUAAUGCCCCACUUGUUCCCCUGCCCCAAGCGGAACCUUUGGGAAGCCGGAACCAAUGUGCUGUGCGGCUCCGGCAGUCGGGGGACUGCUUUGGUACGGGACCACCAGCUCUCCCCGGAGGCUCAGUCCAGACAGUUCCGGGGACGCGGGAGUGAAGCCUUCCUCUGCCGACAUGCACCGACAGAACUUCCGACCCCCGACUCCUCCUUACCCCGGGCCGGGGGUAGGAGGUUGGAGCAGCGGAAGCAGCUACCGGGGUACCCCGGGCGGAGGCGGGCCGCGGCCUCCUUCCCCUCGGGACGGGUACGGGAGCCCGCAUCACACGCCGUCGUUCGGGCCCCGGUGUAGGCCCUAUGGGAGCAGCCACUCUCCGCGACACGGCGGCAGCUUCCCCGGGGGCCGGUUCGGGUCUCCGUCCCCUGGCGGCUACCCUGGCUCCUACUCCAGGUCCCCCGCGGGGUCCCAGCAGCAAUUCGGCUACUCCCCGGGGCAGCAGGCCCACCCCCAGGGUUCUCCAAGGACAUCUACACCUUUUGGAUCAGGUCGUGGUAGAGAAAAAAGAAUGUCUAAUGAGUUGGAAAGUUAUUUCAAACCUUCAAUGCUUGAAGACCCUUGGGCUGGCCUAGAACCAGUGUCUGUAGUGGAUAUAAGCCAACAGUACAGCAAUACUCAAACAUUCACAGGCAAAAAAGGAAGAUACUUUUGUUAACAUUUCUGAAAUUCAACUGGAAGCUUCAUGUGUCAGGAACAUCUUGGACAAAACUCACUUGUGUUUUGAACCCUAAAUUGAACCCUGACAUGGUGACUUUGACUGAAUAAUUAGUUGAGUCUUCUUGGUAUUUUUCAUCAUGUCAAAUAUUGUUGGUAUUAGAAAAGAAAUAUGGUAGGAUAAUUUGCAGUAUUUCUCUGAAAGUGCCUACCACAUUUUAGAAGAUUUACAGUUUCCAACUAUUUAACAUUCUUGGUUAUAUAAUGGACAUUUGUCUUUUAAUGUUUUUCCAGUGUUUUAAAAUAAAACAUUUUGUCUUCCUAGCUAUAUUGUGGUUUUGUCAUAUGCUAAAGGAAUAGAAGUAUUAAAUUAAUGCUUUGUCAUUAGAAUUCGUAAGUAAAUAUUUUGCCUACUACUUUUGAAAAUAAAUUAAUAAACCAUCCUUUGAGCUAUAGACAGUUCUAUAUUUGUUCACCUAGGGAAAGAGGGGUCACGGAAGAGAAUAAAGGAGAGUUCUGUUCCUGUCUGUUAUAACCAUUGUUUUAUGUGCAUAUUUUCUGUAAUGCUUUUGUUAAAAUGCAUUGGAACUUGACUGGAAGCCACAGAAACUCAAGCUUAAGUAAAGAGUUUUGAACCCUUACUUAACUGGAAAAGGCAAGAACAUACCUAUUUCUUGCAUAGCUAGGUCAAAGUAUUUUGUGUCUGAAUGUCUCUACAUUACUCAGUAUUGUGGAGUCAUUUUCUCUUGAGGCUAAGAAAGAUGGCUACUGGCAGUCUCAAUUCACUUCCACUGUGAAGAGGACAUUUCCCACCUUUGUGAAUCCCAGGGAAGGCAGAUUGGCCAUGCUUACUUAGAUUAUGUUUGUGUAGUCCUUUUCCAAUAACUGUCCAAGGUAUGAGGCCUAAUUAGUUCGAACAAUGAACACUCCCCUACAAUGAGAUGGAGCUGUGAUUUUUAGCCCCACUAUGCCUACCUGAAGUAGAGAAGUGGUUUUCCACAGAGAGAAAUGUUAUGAAUAUUUACCUACAGUAAUGAAGAGAAAAAUAUGAAGGGAUUUUUUUUUUUUUAAAUCAAGUCUUAUAACAUCCAGGCUUUUUAAAUAUUUUGAGGUCACAAUACAUGAAAAUAGAGCUAGUUAAAAUUUUGUUUACACAUUCCCAGAAAUAAAUGUCCAAAAAUGAAAUGAUCAUACCACCUAUUUGAGCCAUACUCAGUUAAUUUUGUUAGGUCUUCACAUAGGCAAAGAAGAAAAUGAGAAGGGAAGGAUUUUAGAUUAAUAAAAUCUCCAUGAUACCCAGGACUACUACUGCCAAUUACUAGUUGGAUGAGUUAUUUAACUUCUCUAUGCCUCAGUUUUCUCAUGUAAAAUGAAGAAAUUAAUAGUACCCAUGUCAUAGAGGUGUUUUAUUUGAGGAUUAAAUGGGUUUACAUGUGUGAAACUAUUAGGCCAGAGCCUGGCACAUAGUAAGCACUCAAACAAUUUGUAGUUAUUUCUCAUUCACCCCAAUAUCCUUAGCUCUUAGAAUGAUGCCUGGAAAAAAAGUAGGUGCUUAAUAAAUAUUAGGUGAAUAAAUGCAGACAUUCUGAUUAUAUCUACUAUAUUGUUCUGCCCUUAUAUUCUGUAUAUUAAAAAAUAGUAAAUACUUUAACCCCA